AUCACACCUGCCAAUCAAUUCCGGAAUAUCUGCCGGGAGGACGCGCCGCAGCGGCGAUGAACCCUGGGUGCUCUCCAGACCUGUACUCACUUCACAACACUCAUCUCCUCUCAACUUACGCGACCUAGACGCUCGGGACUAACUACAAUAUGGCGUCCGCAAAAAUUGCCACGCUUCUAAUUCGGACAAUCGCCAAGCCCAUUAGCUUGAGACUGAAGCAACAAGCACAGCAACACGAGCGCUUUCGGGGUGUUUGCAUCAACCUCGCUCAGAUGAUGUAUCGAACGGAAGUCCGUUUGCGCACGAACAUCCUCGGUGAGCCCGCGAAACACAUCCGCCCUCUCUCAGAGACCCGUGCAAUCGAAAACGGCGCCAACGCAUUGGCGGAAGGAUUCCUUUUCUCAGUCGCGGCGGGACUGAUAUUGGGAGAAACAUGGAGAUCGAGUCGCAGUCAAUCGAAGAGACGAGACGUGGUCGAUGAGCAGCUUGAGGAUUUGGGUUCCAAGGUUCAAGAACUCACAACGCGCGUGACCGAAUUGACGGAAGGAAUGGAUGAGCGAAUGCGCGGGCUGGAACAACGGCAUGACGAACUAACGCGCAUCACGGAGCGCAUAGUCGAUUUCGGCCUUCGGGGAGGAUGGGCUGAGUUUGAGGGAACCCCGUUGCAACUGCCUCACGUCGAUCUCGUCCCACCGCCAACGCAGAGAUUUGAUAUCCAAGACGAUUCAGAACGCCCUCCGGAGCCCAAAGCAUAGUGGGAUGCCCGACAACUAGAGCCCGCCGCUACGUAAUGAUGUAUAUCUCUGCUCUAAUCUUUGUACUCGUAGAACCCCUUCCCGUUCUUCUUGCCAUACCAUUGGGCAUCGACCAUCCGCUCUAGUAGAAUGCUCGGUCGGUAUUUGGAGUCGCGGGUGCCUUCGUACAACGUCUGUUGAAUGGCAAGACAGGUGUCGAGGCCGAUGCUAGCUCAAGUUAGUGCCGGCACAAGAUAAGAUUUUUGAGCGCACAAAUCAGCUA